GAGCGCCGGCCUCCCUCUCCCUACCACCACGCCCGUCGAAUGUUACCGACCACAACUCGCCUCCAUCUGCAGCGACUCCUCCUCCCUGCUCUCUCCGCCGCAUUGCAGCAUGUGCCCUUCUUUCGCAGCGACCCCCACGGCACUCACCAGCUCGCCAAGCGCGACAGCCUCUCUACUGGCCAGAAGGCCGCCUAUGGCGUUCUCAUCCCCGUGCUCGUCAUCUUGUCUGGCAUAUUUGCCGGGCUAACCCUCGGCUACAUGUCGCUCGACGAGACCCAGCUGAACGUGCUUAGUAUCAGUGGCACUGCAAAGCAGAAGGAGUAUGCCAACAGGAUCAAGCCGAUCCGCAAGAACGGGCACCUGCUCCUCGUCACGCUCCUCCUCGCGAACAUGAUCACGAACGAGACCCUGCCUGUUAUUGCGGACCCCGUCCUCGGCGGUGGCGUCCAGGCCGUCGUCGUCAGUACCGCGCUCGUCGUGAUCUUCUCUGAGAUUAUCCCGCAGUCGCUGUGUACGCGUUACGGAUUGUUCUUUGGCGCCAAAAUGGCGGGCGUAGUGCAGAUAUUGAUCUAUGCCUUUGCCAUCGUCGCUUGGCCCGUCGCGAAGCUCCUCGAGUUCGCGCUCGGCCCCCACCAUGGUAUUAUCUACCGGCGCGCGGAGCUGAAGGAGCUCAUCGCAAUGCACUCUGAUGUGGGUGAGCUCGGCGGAGACCUAAGGAAGGACACCGUCACGAUUAUCGGAGGCGCGCUCGAUCUGCAGGAAAAGGUCGUAAAGCAGGCAAUGACGUCGAUUGAGAAUGUGUUCAUGCUAAGCAUCGACGCGAAGCUUGACUACGAGACGCUGCGGAAGAUCUGCCAGACGGGCCACUCGCGUGUGCCGGUGUAUGAGGAGGUAGACAUCCCCGCCCCGACGGCGGUCGCCGGGACGCCUGUUGUGAGAGAGGCGGGCAAGGCGGGCGCCAAGGACCCCGCUGAGGCUCUGACGAGCGCGGGGGGCGCCUCGCCGAGCGCGAAGACGAUCAAGGCAAAGAAGAUCAUUGGGAUCUUGCUGGUGAAGCAGUGUGUGUUGCUAGAUCCCGCGGAUGCCACGCCCGUGCGCAAGAUCCCGCUGAACAAGGUGCCGAUCGUGCCGCACAACGAGCCGCUGCUCGGGCUCCUCGACAAGUUCCAGGAGGGCCGCUCCCACAUCGCGAUCGUGUCGCGCUUCAGUGUCGAGCGCGCGCAGAGCGUCAAGAAGGCCGUCAAGCAGGGCCUCACGCAGCGCCUGCGGUCCGCGAUCCGCGACACGGACAGCGAGGACGAGUCCAGCAGCGAUGAUGAGGCCGCGGCGCCGCCUAAGCGCUGGAACUUGCGCCGCAAGAAGAGCGAUGAGAGCAAGAGCAGUAGCACCGGCAGCGCAAAUGCUACGACUCUUCGCGAGUCCAGCCACGGUGACGGCAGCGAGGAGGAGGCACAAGGCCGCGAAACCGGAGGACGUCGACUUGGAAUGGGUGCCGUGAGUACCUCAGAUGGCAAGGACGAGAAGAAGGAGGACAGCAAGAGCAAGAGCAGGCUGCCGGGCUUGUCUGUUCCGCCGGGCCGCGGCUUCUGGGGUCGGGAACAAGAUAUGCCCGCUGAUGCUGUGCUGUCGACUGAGAAUGCGGAAGAGUUCUUGCAGAGCGUGGACCCGGCGGUCAUGCCCUUCGGCAUCAUCACACUCGAAGAUGUCCUUGAAGAGCUGAUUGGUGAGGAGAUUUACGACGAGUUUGAUCCUCAGGGACAUCCGGAGUUGGCCUACGCCGGCGAGUCCAAGCCCAAGGCGCAGAAGCUCAAGAUGCCGGGAGGCGCGGUGAUUCGUCGCAGGCGCUCUGCUCCUCAGCUAGUAGCUUCUGCGGACGCUGACAAGCGCGUUCCCGGCCAACCUUACAAGUUUCCGCCGCCGUCCAUCGUGAAACCGUCGGCGUUGCGCGGCCUGAACCCGCUGAACUUGAUGGCCCUCGGGAAGAUAUCCCGCUCUCGGAGUGCCCCACCGACACCUAGAGACAAGACCGCUGCUCGUCCCAAGGACGGAGACAGCACGCCUGCUCCGGUCCCGGAGGGCGAGGUUGUCGAGUCUCCUGAACCCACGCGCGGACAGUAUUGCUGUUCCUGCGGCCGUGCCGGAGAUCGUCCACCUCGAGUCUCGCGCGCGCUCUCGGCUUUCCCCACCAGCUCUCCCCGUCUUGGACCGUCGGGGUCUACCAGUCUCGCGCCUCCCUUGCUCGCCGCGUCGAGCAAGCCGGCCUCGCGGAGCACCGUCUGCGGCGCUGGGUCGAUGACUGCGCCCAAGGGCCUCAGGUUCAAGAGCAGUCCGCUGACGGGCGAGCGCACGGGCCUCAUCGUCGCGGAGCACAUCAAGCGAGAACGGAGCAUGGGCGAGGAGGUCGAAUCAAUACCAGGGCCUGAGAAGGACAAGGAAGGACCGGAUAUAGAGGGCCCGGACGCGGGUAGUGACGAGUGACGGGGUGCGCACGAGCUCGGCGUGGUCUUGUGGAUGGAUUAAUGUGUUUCUUGUACAUGAGUUAUGUCGCAUGAUUGAGGAUUGGCCUUUACCCUUCCAUGACAACUAGACGUUCUGCGCUUUGCAUUGAAGUUCCGGUUAUGUUGUGUCUUAUACUCUGGUGGCGAUGUGUACGAUGUAUACCUGUAGUAGAGUGCUCGUGUCGGAGUCGAAGUCGACAGAACUGCUGUAAUUCUUCUGGACUGCACGUAUCAUGCAACCGAUCUCACGGACCACCGGGUCCUGCAAGCCCGCAUUUG